AAGGUAGGCGUAAUAGAUAAUUAAGCAUACAGUAUAGCCCAUUAUAAUCUAGGGUUUUGUUGUUCUAUCGAGCGAGGAAGGGUGCCGUCUCAAGUCUUCCCAACAACAGACUCGGAAAAUGGUGACCUACAAGUUCCAUCAGUACCAGGUGGUUGGGAGGGGUUUGCCGACGGAGACGGAUGAGCACCCGAAGAUCUAUCGCAUGAAGCUUUGGGCAACCAACGAGGUCCGCGCCCGCGCCAAGUCUAAGUUCUGGUACUUUCUACGGAAGCUUAAGAAAGUAAAAAAGAGCAAUGGUCAGGUGCUUGCUAUCAAUGAGAUUUUUGAAAAGAACCCGACCACGAUCAAGAACUAUGGAAUCUGGUUGAGAUACCAAAGCAGAACUGGCUAUCACAACAUGUACAAGGAAUAUCGUGACAUCACAUUAAAUGGAGCAGUCGAGCAAAUGUACACAGAGAUGGCUUCUCGCCACAGGGUCCGCCAUCAUUGCAUCCAGAUCAUCAAGACAGCCACUGUUCCGGCGAAACUCUGCAAACGGGAGAGCACCAAGCAGUUCCACGACUCCAAAAUCAAGUUCCCGUUGGUUUUCCGAAAAGUGAGGCCCCCGACCAGGAAGCUCAAGACCACAUACAAGGCAUCCAGGCCAAACCUGUUUAUGUAGAACAUUUUUCUUAAUUUUUUUUGGUGGUUAUAAUCAAUUUGCUACUUCAACUAUAUUUGCUACUUCAUUAUCAGUGUUGUUGGAAUUAUUGAGGAACUUUUAGGUAUACAAUACAAUAAUUUCAAAAAAGAUUCUACAA